AUGAUAUCCUCAGCUGUCCUGAUCCCCGAGGAACCCCAGGUCGAUCAUGCAGAGCAAAAUGGCUCCCUAAAGCGUCGUCAAUCCUCCGUCUCCGAAUCCUCAGAUUCAAACAAACGCCCUCGCCUUGACUCUCAGACAUCGGCAACUGCAUCGAACAAUGGCGGUGCCUCACCGACGGCGCCAUCAGCAUCCUCCCCAGCCACUGCAACAGCCGGAGGAGGACAUCCAUCGGCAAUGUCUCCUCCUCCGCCUCGCCGGCGACAAACAUCUUCGAGCCUAGAACAGGACAAAUCGCGCAAUCGCCGACUCUUCGGUGCCUUGCUCGGCACCCUUUCCCAAUCUUCAAAUGCUCCCAGAAGAUCCUCCGCCGGAACAAAAUCAAACAGCUCGACAACGCCGCUAAAUGCUCGACGCGAAGAAAUCGAGUCUCGCCAACGGGAGCGGUUAAAGCGUGAGUCCCAUGAAAUUGCCGAAUCUGCGCGCCUCAAAAGGGAACAACUCGAACGUGAGCGACGUUUUGAACAGUUGCGCUGGGAUGAAGAAGCAAUGAGAUUGAGACAUAGGAAUAUGAGAGCUGCCGCGGGAUUUUUGCAGACAAAGGCAGAGCCGCGACUAUAUUAUAAACCCUGGGAAUUGCGCGACUCCGAGGAAGACGCAAUUAAACAGCAGAUUGAGGAAGUGGACGCGAGGAUUCAGCGAGAAGCAGACGAGUUUGAGGAGAAAAAGAAGGUGAGCGGAGAGGAAUUUAAAAGAGAAAGGAAAAAGGAUAAGGACACUGAGCAACCGCCGGGUUCGAUAACAAGCCCGCCUAAAGCUAGCAGCACGGAGAAAGUGGAUGAUCGCCAGAAUGCUGAAGGGGAGGCCGAUAACCAGACAUCUAGAGAUGAGCGAUCAAACCCUGGUGGUGAAGAGAGGAAUGAAGGUGAUCAACCUUCCCCGCGCGAGUCAUCUGGUCCUUCGAAAGACAAUGAUGUUCCGGCGAACACCAACGAAAUCGAAAGGCGACGCAGCAGCAGUAGCAAGGACCAGGACGACCAUGAUCAUGGCGGCGAAGAACUCGAGCGGGGACAGGAGGAUGAUGUAAUAUACUGA